UAGCUGUGAGUUGACAUGGUUUGACUGAGCUCUGCGGGAAGUUUCAGGAAAUGCAACAGGUGGAAGAGCUCGAGGGGUCUACUGUGUCCGGCUCGUCGCCGGCUAGUUGUAUCUGAAAGUGUCGCACUGAGAGGAGAGAGAGACAAGCAACUCUGGACUCGAGCGCUUUAAACACUUUAAAGUCUGUUAUCUCCUAAUGAAGCGUUUUUAAGAGGAUAACUGCUCGGCACCAUGGAUGAAAACAGCAGUGACUCAAAUGUAAAGGUCGCUGUGCGACUGCGACCUAUGAACAGGAGAGAGAAAGACUUAAAAACAAAAUGUGUGGUGGAGAUGGAAGGGAACCAGACGAUUCUGCAUCCAGCUAUUACUAAUCUGAGCAAAGGGGACCCCCGGAACCAACCAAAGGCUUUUGCCUACGAUUACUGUUUCUGGUCCAUGGAUGAAUCCCAAAAGGACAAGUUUGCAGGUCAGGAUGUGGUGUUCCAGUGCCUUGGAGAGAGUCUGCUGAACAAUGCAUUCCUGGGCUACAAUGCCUGCAUCUUUGCUUACGGGCAGACAGGUUCAGGGAAGUCGUACACCAUGAUGGGUUCAGCAGACCAGCCUGGUCUGAUCCCUCGUCUCUGCAGCUCCCUGUUUAACAGAACCAUGCAGGAGGCCCGCGAGGGAGAGACCUUCACCGUGGAGGUCUCCUACAUGGAGAUUUACAACGAGAAAGUCCGAGACCUGCUGGACCCCAAAGGAAGUCGACAGGCCCUGAGAGUGAGGGAACACAAUGUUUUAGGACCUUAUGUUGACGGUCUGUCCCGCCUGGCCGUGACCAGCUACAAGGACAUCGAGUCUCUAAUGUCAGAAGGAAAUAAAUCUCGCACAGUGGCAGCCACAAACAUGAACGAGGAGAGCAGCAGAUCCCACGCCGUGUUCAACAUCAUCCUCACACACACACUCAAGGACCUCAGGUCUGGGGACAGCCUUGGAGGGAACAGUCGGACAGCCAUGGUCGCCACCAUCAGCCCGGCGGCAGACAACUACGAUGAGACGCUCUCCACUCUGCGUUACGCUGACAGGGCCAAGAACAUCGUCAACCAUGCCGUGGUGAAUGAAGACCCCAAUGCCAGGAUCAUCCGGGAGCUGCGGGAGGAGGUGGAGAAACUGAAGGAGCAGCUCACCGAGGCGGAGUCUAUGAAAGCUCCAGAGCUGAAGGACCGACUGGAAGAGUCUGAGAAACUCAUCCAAGAGAUGACCGUCACCUGGGAGGAGAAACUCCGCAAGACAGAGGCUGUGGCGCAGGAGCGUCAGAAACAGCUGGAGAGCCUGGGCAUCUCCCUCCAGUCAUCUGGCAUCAGAGUGGUGGAUGAUAAAUGUUUCCUUGUUAACCUCAACGCCGAUCCUGCCCUCAACGAGCUGCUGGUCUACUACCUCAAAGAGCACGCCUGUGUGGGCUCAGCUGACUCACAGGACAUCCAGCUGUGUGGGAUGGCCAUCCAAGCUGAGCACUGUGUCAUCGACAUUACCGAGAACAACUGCGUGAUGCUAACGCCUCACCGCGGCGCUCGGAUCAGCAUCCCCAGGCAGAAACUCCACACAGCAGCUGAGGACGAGGAGAGUGGAGCCGCCAUGAAGAAGUGCCUGAGCACCGAGCAGCUGGAGGUGGAUUUGGACGCUUCCAGCGACGUUUCCAGCGAGCUGAGCUUCGGUUACGAGUUCGCUCAGGCCGAGGUGAUGAUGAAGGGGAUGGGCACCAAUGACCCUUUGCAGUCGGUGUUGCAGACUCUGGAGAGGCAGUACGAGGAGGAGAAGCGCUGUGCCCUUGAGCGCCAGAGGCUGAUGUACGAGCAGGAGCUGCAGCAGCUCCGCCAGCGACUCGUCCCUGAGAAGCCCUCCCCGCUGCUGGACUCAUCAGGCCUCCCCGUCGGCGCCUCUGCUGCAGUAACGUCACCCGGCUCUCACAAACGUGUGCGGCGCUGGAGUGAAGACAGAGAAGCCAUGAUGACCCGCAGUCUGCGGCGUUUAAGAGAGCAGAUCGUUCGGGCCAAGUUGUUGGCCCAGGAGGCCAGCUUUAUCGCUGAGGAGCUCAACAAGAGGACAGAGUACCUGGUCACUCUGCAGAUCCCUGCAGCCAACCUGGAUGCUAACAGGAAGAGAGAUGCGGUUCUGAGUGAACCUGCCAUCCAGGUCCGCCGUAAAGGGAAAGGGAAGCAGAUCUGGGCUCUGGAGAAGCUGGAGAACCGCUUGGUGGACAUGAGAGAACUCUACCAGGAGUGGAAAGACUUUGAUGAGGACAAUCCUGUGAUGAGGUCCUAUUUUAAACGGGCCGACCCUUUCUUUGACGAGCAUGAGAACCACAGUCUGAUUGGUGUCGCCAAUGUUUUCCUAGCCUGCUUGUUCUACGAUGUCAAACUGCAGUACGCGGUGCCCAUCAUCAACCAGAAAGGAGAGGUUGCUGGUCGUCUGCAUGUGGAGGUGUGGCGAGGCACAGAGAGCUCUGAGUAUGAAGGCGUGGGACGUCCUGACUUGCAGCUGAUCGAUGCAAAUGGAGAGUCUCAGGAGCGCAGACUGGACUGUGUGGUGAAAAUCCUCCAGGCUACCGGUCUUCCUCGCCACCUUUCCAACUUUGUUUUCUGUCAGUAUCUCUUCUGGGGGCUGGAGGAGCCCGUCUUCACCGCUCCAGAGGUGGCAACGUCCAGCUCAUCCUCCGCUUCCAGAGACCCCCAGUGCACUGUGGUCUUUGACAACACCAAGGAGCUGUCUGUUCCAAUAUCAGAGGACCUGCUGGAGUUCCUGGCUGACGGCGCUGUUGCUAUUGAAGUUUACGGCCACAAACAGGAAAACCACCGCAGGAACCUGGCGCUGUGGGACUUGGGGGUGAUUCAGGCCAAGACCAGAUCCCUCAGAGAGAGGUGGAGCGAGGUGACCCGGCGGCUGGAGCUGUGGGUGCAGCUGAUGGAGCUGAACGAGGCAGGAGAGUACACCGCUGUGGAAGUCCUUCCUGCUAAAGAUGUUCGCACAGGAGGAAUCUUCCAGCUCAAACAGGGUCAGUCUCGUAGGAUCCGGGUGGAGGUGCGUUCCGUGGCAGACUCGGGCACCAUGCCCCUCAUCACAGCCUCCAUCCUCUCUGUUUCUAUCGGGGACAUAAAGGUUCGCCAGACACGAGCAUCCAAAAAUGAACCACAUUUGGGUGGGGAUGAAGAAAUGGACAGCUAUCAAGAGGUGGACCUGGAGAGGAUGAGGGAGCAGUGGUUGGUCACACUCACUCAGAGGCAGGAGUAUCUGGACCAGCAGCUGCAGAAGAUAGUCUCCAAACCAGGGUUCCUGUCCCUGGAAUGGAAACACACAUUCCUGUCCUGUUCCUGGAUCUCAGCGCUGAUGAUUUUCAGUCCAGUCUGUCGGCGCCUCUGGCCGGGGGUCUUGAUGCGUUGCUCAGUGGGGAAGAUGAAGACGACUUCUUUGAGCUUCAAAUUGUUAAACACUUUGAUCCACUUGUGAAAGUGGAGGCGUCCUGGGACUCAACGGUCCACGAGUGUCCCCAUCUGAGCCGUGCAGUGUCUCCUGACCAGAGGGUCUACCUGACUGUCCACACCGUGGUGCAGCUGAGCCACCCGGCCCACAUGCACCUGGUCCUCAGGAAGCGCAUAUGUGUCAACGUCACAGGAAAGCAGGGUUUUGCUCAGAGCCUCCUGAAGAAAAUGUCUCAACGCAGCACCAUCCCCGGCUGUGGAGUCACAUUUGAAAUCGUUUCAAACAUCCCAGGUGACAUCCAUGGUCCGGAGGACAGGGAGCUGCUGGCACGGUUGGCUACCAGUGGUGAAGACGACCAGUCAGCAGACAACGAGGCAGCCAUUGAGAAAUACCUGCGCAGCGUCCUGGCUGUGGAGAACAUCCUGACUCUGGACAGGCUCAGACAGGAGGUGACUGUGAGGGAACACCUGGCAGCCAAAGGAAAAGCUGGCCAACACUGCCUGAGCUCCUCAAACAUCAACAGAUGCUUUCAGGCUUCGCUGCAUCUUAUCUCCCUCCAGUGAAGGCUGUACCCAAACUGCUGCUGUCUCUGCUUCCUGGUGGGAAGGAGGACAAAGAGCAGACAGCUGUCCAUCAGCAGGCGCAGAGUGUGCCGCGCAUCAUGGUGCAGUCGGCCAGCGUUGAAGAGAACAUGAGCAAACAUCUGCAGUCGGUCCCCCUAGAGGAACUUGUUCCUGCUGACAUGGAACCACAUAUACCCAAAUCCAUUUCACUCCCACCUCCGAUCAUACCAGAGGCAGAAAACUUGACCCUGGACCCUGUGAGUGACCUGUCUGCUGGGUACAAGUCACCCAGCAGAUCUAAAGAUAAACCUUUAGAUGUCUACACUCUGAGCUGGGACCUGCCUUCAUCAUUUGACAAUGGAGAUGAGAUUUUAGAGUCUGGACCAGAUGAAGUGGAAGAUGAAGUGACAAAAAAGCUCUCUGCAGACCAGUCAGACCAUCAGAAGAAUUUGGCUGAUGUAGCUGAGAAAACAAAUUUAUUCAAACCAAAUAAGACUCAGUCAGAGUCCAAUCUGAACCAAGAAGAACCAAAUCAGUCUCCAUCUGUCAGCGUGACAGCUGAAGAACCUGCUGCAGGUCCAGAAAACCAGACCAAAUCAAACCAAGACUCAACUCCUCACAGUGUUGGAUCCAAACUGGACAUUUCUGAACCACAAACAGAAUCUGUGUCAGAACAAAACUUAGAGACCUGUCCCGAGAGAACUUCAGUGGAACAUCUUGAUGUUGUUGCUGCAGCUGAGGAAAAUGUUGAACAGUCGCUCCACGAUGAAACCCAAUCAUGUGACCGAGAACCUGAAGGUCAGGUGGGUUCUGUUGUCCAGCUGCAGGCUCAGCAAGAGCAGGCAGCUCCUGAAAGAACUAUAGAUCCAGAUCUGAUCCCAGCUUCUAUUGAGGCCUCUGUUCCUCAAGAACCACCAGCUGCUGAACCCUUAGACAUAAACGGGACACCUGACCCACCCGCACCCCCUCCCACAAAACCACUCCAUCAGGUUCCUGGUUCAUCUGCUUUGGAUGGUUUUCCUCCUCCAUCUUCCAAAGUCCCUUUAUCAGCAGCUAACCCCUUCAAGAUCCAGAAGGUUAAGUCCUCAGACCUCAGGUCUUUCCAGCAGAUUGUGGAGCAGGAGGGCAAUAACCCCCCACCCGUGGACCGGACCAGCAGCCUCGGGUCAGGACUCAACCUCUCUGUGCCGACAGAAAGCCUGGAGAUAAUCUCGGACUCAGAAGAAGGAGAUGAAGCUGCUUCUGCUGUUCUUCCGGACUGGCUGAAGGAAGGAGAGUUUGUGACUGUGGGGACCAAUAAGAGCGGGACGGUUCGCUUUGUGGGACCCACAGACUUCGCUGAGGGGACCUGGGUUGGAGUGGAGCUGGAGGUCCCAGCAGGAAAGAACGACGGCUCAGUGGGCGGGAAGCACUACUUCCACUGUAACCCUGGGUACGGGGUUCUGGUGAGGCCGGACAGGGUCACCCGCGGCGGUGCCAAACGCCGUCGCCCGCAGCAGCAGCAGCAGCAGAAGCGCCGCAGCGCCAACCUGUCAGGGUCCAGUCCAAACCUGGCGGCCCUCACUGUUCUGGCUAAAGGCGAGGCCGGAUCCGGCCGCGGCAGAGGGGACAGCCGCAAGUCCUGGAACACCUGAGAGGCUCCGACUCUGUCCGUGAGGAAAACUUCAUGACAGAUUCCCCGUCCAGCCCAUUGCUGGAGGAGUCUGUGUGCAAAGAAGCUGCGGUUGCUUCCUGACCAGCUUCAACACAGAAACAAAGAAACAAUGUUUCAGCAGGAAUCUGAAUGUUUUAGGUGCUGAGAGGCAACAAAGUGUUUCUUCAUGUUCUUCUUUGGAACAGGCUGAACUACAGUGCUGUGCAAAGGUUUUGUGUUUCCUUUCUUUUCUUAAAUUUGCUUCCUAAUCAGUCAGACAUUAUUGUAAUCUUUUAAAAGCAUCKUCAGAAAAAGUUCUCCGGGUUUUUAAAAGAACUUUUAACUCGACUCAUUUUCAGUCUUUUUUACUUUGUUUUAACCUCUCAGCUUUGGUAAAACAAAACAUUAAGGUAAAAAAAACCCUCCUAACUCAAGGGAUGAGCCAAUGUUCUCCAGUCAUCUUCAGAACAACUACAAAAUGAAAAUGAGAACUAUUCGAAGAAAUUAGCUUCAGAGGUUAAAAAACAUCUUUAGAAAUGUUGUUGCAGUGUUUUUGUUUGUCCUACAGCAGUGGUUCCCAACCUUUUUAGACUUGUGUAGCCCCUGAGCCAUUUUGUCAUACCAUUCCCCUCCAGUCAAACAUARUGACGAUUCUUCAAAACUAUAAUGUACAACAACUGAUUAUUAAUGACAAUUAUUUAACUCCCUAGAACAUUUAAAUCUCAGGCAUUGUACUCUUUUCAACUCAAACUAAACAAAGAUAAACACUUUGCCUUGAAAAUGAAUAAGUAAUUAAAUAAAUAAACCAGGUAAUGGCAGGCGCAGGAAGCAGCAGUGUCAUAAAUACACAGUAAAAAUACAUCAAAUACCCCAAAAGAGCAAAUUCUAAGAGAUUCUGUGUUUUAUAUUGGAUUCCAUUUUGUGUCAAUUUUGUGUUUCCGUUUGUAUUUUCUACAUGAGGUACAUAUCCCAGUCCUAUUUUUAGUUUUUACACAUCUGGGAAAUUUUUCCACAUACCCCCCU